ACUAACUGGACUCUGCCCCGACCCGUUAAGGGCUGACGCAAUUAGUUUUUCUUCACUCGCCCCCGUGCUCGCCGUCGAGCUUCAUCCCCCGCGACAAUGUCUUCUCUCCUCCCAUCUCUCACCCUCUCUCCUCCUCAUCGCCUCCACUCUCUCUCCUACAAUUCCCCCUCAUCUCUCACACAAUCUCCCCCAACCUCUCUCUACAGACCCCCAACUCCUCAAUUUCCACCAAAACCCAAAACCCUAACCCUAACACGAUCCCCAAACCCCAAAACCCGCCUCGUUCCGCUCGCAAUCAAUGUCACAGCUGGAAACCCCGAAGACCCAUCAAGGAAAUUAGAUAUCAGUGGAGUUGCGGAUCACGCACGCGAGCUGUUCGACAAUUUGCCGCAGCCAGUGAAGAGCUUUCCGUGGAGCGAAACCCUUUGGAAGUUGAUGGGGAUUGUAUUGGAUCUCGCUGUUGAAGUCGGGAAGUACCUUUCGUUGCCGGUCUUGGCUUUGUCGCAGCUGAGCGAGAUGUCUUAUUGUGCCCAUGAGAGGAAACUGGUGCUUGUUCCGAUUCCUUUUCUUGUUGGCUUUGCUGUUGCUGGAGUGAUGAAGGAUACUGCAGCUGGAGUCUCUUCGGAUCUUAAGGAAGGAGGAUUUCCAUGGCAUUUGCUUCUAAUUGCAUUAUUCUUCGUACUGCUCAAAUUGCCUGGCCCAUAUUACCCAUAUUGGGGUCGCUUGUUGAUUCCUCACUUUGCUAAUGGUGGGCUGUGGAGGAGUAUUUGGCUUGCUUUCAUAUGGUAUAAACGGACUCAAAGCUUGCCUCUUGGUGAUGAUAAAUAUUAGUAGCAUCAAAGGGCCCGCCUUGUUAUCAAUAAUUGCAUGAAAAUUUUUGAUUAUGACUUUUGAGGCUGCUUACUGGCGUGCGCUUGGUUUUACAUCUGGAUAUUUUAUCAGGAGAUGGACUGGAGAUUCAGCAGAAUCGCUGUUUAGCCUACUUUAUGUGUGCAAAUUGAAUCUAUCAGAAACUUACAUAUAUUUAUCGGUGUUAAUAUCAAUUCACAUGCUAUGGGGGUUGUUUAUAGGUGUCUUUCGUAUAUGUAUUGGUUUCCUCUAGUUGAGUAUGCCUAUAUUUGGGAUUAUAAUUAUCUUUGGAUCCGGAAUCUGUACUCUGUUAGGAUGACGUGAGUUCAAACACCAGACCAAUGUGAAUCUACGCACAGUUAGGAUGAAUGUGAGUUCAAACGCAGGACGAAGGUGAAUACAGAGCGGCUCGCUGAGCGGAAAAGGCGCGAGGGCCUUCAAAUUUUGGCUCCUUUAUCUUCGAAACUGAAAGGGGGUCAAUCUGUAUCAUGUGUAAUGUGCUUUAAUGAUUAGUAAAAUGUUAUUAUCUUUAUUUAAUUUAUCGCAUCGACUGCUUUUGACC